AAUCAUCUUAAGAAAACGACAUUAAAUAUAAAGAGUUUAUUGAUGAUAAACGAAUGAUGAUGGUGAUGAUGAUGAUUUGAUCUUCGUCAUCAUUGAUGAUUGAGAGUACAGUGUUUUAUUUCCAGACGUUCCUGAGAGUUCUUACUUCUCACUCACUGAGAAUCAUAGUUCCAUCAUCUGCUUUUUAUUACACCAUUAGUGGCUCCUCACUCUCUACACUGUUACUCAUCUUCUCAUCUCUAAUUUCUUGCUUUCGGAUGUUUCCGACUUCCAAAUUAUUCCAGUAUUUAACUUAUUUUUUUUAUUACUAUGUUCUGCUUUCAUGUUAAAGAAUCUGACAGCAGGAGGAUGUGGUAUUAAAUGACCGGGAAAGCAGGCAAAUAAACACCAGUGAUGUUUCGGUAUGAAUACUGCCCCCUCGUGGCCCUCGCACUGCACUGUUUAAUACGGAUUAGAGGGAAUAACACCCCCCCCCCCUUCCCAAAUGAUCCGUCUCUAUAGAAACGCAAUUUAAAUGUAAAACUGGAGAACGUUAACAGACGUUUAUGCGCAUGCGUGUACUGAUUAAUCUCGUUUUUUUAUUGUACACACACGCACGCAGUUCUGUAGUCCAAUCAGACCUUUAUUAUUGGAGGUUGAAGCGUCAUCACUUAGGGGCGUGGCUUCGGGACAUCCUGCACAGCAGACGCAGUUUACCCCCCUUUGGACGCUCGCGGUAGCGGGCAGUUUAGCCCCCUGGAGGCAGUUUACCCCCCUGGAGAAGCGCGCGGUGUCGGUGAGUCAUGAUGUUGGAUUUCAGACUGAACUUCCCCUUUCAGCUGCGGGUGGAAAUGCGGGAUGUGCGCGCGACUCAUUGACGACUUUGAUGUGCGCGCGACUUACUGAAGUGUCGGACGUGCGCGGGAUCUCACGUGCAUGCGGGAGAAAAAUAACGGUUCACGUCCAUUUGUGUUGGGAAACAGCAGAUGCGUCUUUGAUACGAUAUGAUUGCUGGCAGGUUUGUAGCAGGACGAGUUUUAUGAUGUAAGAAAACAGUGAAGUAGAGAAGAAUUUUGCAGCAGCUCUGUGGUGUAUCACGUCUUCCUCUGACACCCACACAGCUGCAAACUGACGCCUUUUAUUUGUUUAUCCACGUGCUCUUUAUAAAGACAGCAUGGGGAACGGUUUGUCCACGCUGGGACCGUUCCAGCCGCUGCACGUGGUAAUGCUCGGGCUGGACUCCGCAGGAAAGACCACGGUUCUUUAUCGCCUCAAGUUCAACGAGUUUGUGAACACGGUUCCUACCAUCGGCUUUAACACCGAGCGCGUACGUCUAAACAAUGGCGCCGCACGUGGGAUCAGCUGCCACGUGUGGGACGUGGGCGGUCAGGAGAAGCUGCGUCCGCUCUGGAAGUCAUACAGUCGCUGUACGGACGGCAUCGUGUACGUGGUGGACUCGGUGGACGCAGAGCGGCUGGACGAAGCCAAGGCCGAGCUGCACAAGGUGACACGACUCACAGAGAACCAGGGAGCACCUCUGCUCAUCAUCGCCAACAAGCAGGACCUGCCCGGGUCCCUGCCCGCCGCCGACAUCGAGAAGAGGCUGGCACUGCGAGAACUCGGACCCUCCGCCGCCUACCACGUGCAGCCCGCAUGCGCCAUCAUUGGGGACGGGCUGCACGAGGGCAUGGACAAGCUGUACGACAUGAUCACCAAGCGCAGAAAGGCACUGAAACAGAAGAAAAAAUGAUAAACUGCAGUCACAGUUACUGCAACUCAGACUGCGAGUUUUAUACUUGAUAAAACUUUAUAGAAUUAACCAAAUAAGAACUUUCACAUAUGAUUCAUUUCAGGUGCAACAUAAAAAGAAUUAAACGUCUUCUAUUUACUGAAAAAAAAAAA